CAAUGCCCAGUGGCAGGGGGUCCUGGGGGUUAACCCCACCAAUGCCCAGUGGCAGGGAGUCCCGGGGGUUAACCCCACAGUUUUUUCAGUGUUGCUGUGCCUGGUCUCCCCUGUCUAUGAUGGGCUCCAAGCUGGGGGAAGCCGGGCUCUGUCUCUCCUGCGUGGCGACCGUCCUGCUGGCGGUAUCUGCUGCCACCGAGUCCUGGCUCCGGCUCUGGGUCCUGGCCAUCGUCAUUCACCGGGGGCUGUGGAGGGAGUGUGAGCUGGGGGCCUGCACCCCCCUCCAGGGCCAGCGAGGCUAUGUGGGAGCAUCGAGGGGCUGCCUGGUUCUGGCCAUCCUGACCGGGUACCUCUCCGUGCUGUGUGGGGCCCUGGCACUCGCCCCCCGCCCGGCCCCCAGGAGGCUUAACUGGGCCCGGGGGGCUGCGGCCCUCUGCUUCCUCACAGGCACCUUGGCCGUGGUGGCUCUGGGCUGUUUCAUGGGCGGAUCGGCCGGGGAAGCCGGUGGCAGCUGGGCCUGGUCGCUGGUGGUGGGCUGGGCGGCGGUGCCCGCGGCCGGGUUGGCAGGCACCUGCCACUGCCAGGCUCGGAGGAGGGAGCGACACCCGCACGGCGGCCCGAGAGGAUCACCUGGCUCGGGAUGAUGCCCCCGCAGGGCGCUCGGACGCCUGGGUCCCCCGUCUCGCCUCCCAAGCAGAGCUAUUAAACCCUCUCUGCCAGCCAGAGAUGCCCCGCAGGACUCGGGACCAACUCGGCGCCUCUGGUGUUGGGAUGCAGCCACCUCUGGGGUGGGGCCGCGGGGGAACAGCCGCAUAUAACAGCGCGCGGGGAUCGAUGGCCCCGCCUGGGGGCGCAGCUGUGUGUAACUAACGGCCCGG